AUGCUGGAUGAUUUGUUUGAAGACGUGGGAUUACAGCCAGCGUCAAUGCCACAAAUUGCGAACGGGAGCGUUGCUGACGCCUGGCCAGUUUCAUGUGAAGAGUAUACGAGCACUCCACUCGAGUCCGCUUUGCCUGUCCCCGAAUCCACAGAAGUGAUCAGUGAGACUCGCCCCACCCCCCUCUCCCACCGUCUCCUCGCCUCUAAUCCCCCCGGCUCUUCUAGCCCUUGCUCCAACCGCCACCCCGCCUCUAUUAAAGGCCGGAUUAUGAGGCUCCCCCGGCUUUUGUGGAGGGCAGAUGUUGAUGUAAAAAAAAGGCAGGUUUCCCUUCAAGCUCUCAUCGCUGGCAGCGGGAAGAGCAAAGACAAGGGUGCUCAGACAGAAGCGCCGGUUGUUUGGUUCCAGAAUCGUCGUAGCAAGGAGCGUCGAAUGAAGCAGCUGUCUGCCUUGGGCGUGCGCAGACCCUUCUUCCAGCACCACUCGCGGCGCUUGCGUGCUGGCCUCCGAGAUCCAGGGGGCUUCACACCUGACGACCUGCCCUCUGAGGUGAUUGCAGAACUCCUCAACAUGCCCCCUGGCUAUCAGUCCAGCCUCCUCUGCCUCGACGCUCAACGAGCAAUGGCAGUUGUUGGAAUUGAGGAAUUUUACAGCGCCAUGACAGCCGAGACCGCCACUGGACUCCCUGUGGACCAUUCGAUGUUCCCCUACGGGUCAUCACCGACCCCACCACAAGCCCCAUCGGGGUAUCCGAAUUGCUUUUCGGGCGGUGGCCUCCUACACUCACUCGACUCCUAUUCCUCUCUUCACGACGACGUGAUGAAAAAGGUCUCUCUUCCUUCCGAACAGCCCCUCCUACCACAAUUAACCAAUGAGCGGGAACUCACAAAUAGUUUCCGAAAUCACCAAUUUGACGAUCGACUUAAUGAGCAAUCAAUGUGCAUUUCGGAUUUGGGAUGUACGCUAGAUAAGGUCACAGUGAGUCCAUUGCGUGACUCCUACGUCCAACUGGCGGAAGAUCGUUUUUCUCGAGGUUCUGCCUUCUUCGGGUCUCACACGGAGCAUGCAAUCGUUACGCACCGCGAUAACUUCCGCCACCACCACCACCACUUCCAGCACAGCCACACGCAACAAUCAACACAUCUUCCUCCAGUCAAGUCAGAAGGUGGAGCUGCAGAUCAGCCUUCCACAGGAGUUCUGGAAUGCUCCUGGUAG